AUGGCUAAUUACUUGAAGAGUGUGAUGAGGAAGCUGCAGAGAAGGCUGCAGGGUGGCUUUAGGAAGGAGGAGCGAGUGCCGGAUGACGUGAAGACAGGCCACGUCGCGGUGCACGCCAUGGCGGUCGAGGGCCGCGAGCUGCAGAGGUUCAUCGUGGAGGUGACUGAGCUGGGGAGGCCGGAGUUCAUGAGGCUGCUGGAGAGAGCGGAGGAGGAGUUCGGGUAUGAGCAGGAGGGCGUGCUGGUCGUGCCUUGCUGUGCUGAUGAGCUCCAAAAGAUACUUAAUCACAAUUAA